AUGGCGCCUCCUAGAUCCAGUCGAGUGCGACCGUCAGAAGUCGCAGCUGAUACUAAGAGGAAUUUCAUUCCACUUGUGAAAAAGAACUAUGGCGAGGUUUUCCCACCAUACUCUUAUCUCUAUCGACAGCCUAUUGCACAACUCGUCAUUCAGCGUCAGAAGCCUUCAACCCGGCCGCCCUCAUUCAGUAUCGAGGUUGGAGAUCCGGUAAUGAAGGCAUUGACUUACGCAGCCAUGGAUACUCAACAAAGUGAGGCAAUGGCUGGUCCUCGUGUGCGGGUUCCGUUCAUAUGCGCUGCUAACGAACGGAGACCUGGAGGAGAUUGGGAAACUGGAUGCGUCGGAUAUGAGGAGAAGCUUUGUCGACGAAGUAACCUCUCAGCCACACUGAACACGCCAUGGCCCAACUCCCCGGAACCCAACAACUAUCCGAUCCCAUCACAGGGUGGUAUUCUAUCUGACGCUGUAGUGGUUUGCCGCGGACCACAUGACCGCUAUGAGAGGCUAGACAGUUGGUUUGAUCUACCUGUUGUGUCGGUGCCACCAACUCGAUGGCCAAAGCUCAAAGACAAUGGCCUUAAGUACUCUUUUGCAGAAGAGCGUGAGAUGACCAGGGACAAACUUCGAGGUGCCCUCCGCAUCUGUCUCUACAAUGGUUACGAUCGCGUAGUCAUUGGAGAUUUCGGUCUAGGCAAUGGCUACCGCAACCCCCCACAAGAGCUAGCAGAACUCUGGCGAGAUGUCUUUCUUUUCGACCCAGAUCUCCGGGGACAAUUUGCCUACGUUGUUUUUGUCUUUGAGGACCCUAAUCAAAGUACCAUGUGUCAUAUAAUGGAUGAGAUUAUCAAAAAGGAAAACGGGUCCAAGGGCAAAUCCAGGGCGUCAUCCUCAAGUUCAUCAGGCUCAAAUAAAAGCCACAGCAGCGGUCCUACCGACCGACAGAUUUUCGAGCAUGUCUUCAACGCCGCCGAGGUCGAUCGAGUUCUACGACAACCCGAUCCGCGGUACGGACUUGGCAUGAUUACAACAUGA